AUGUCUGGUUGUGAACCUUUACUCAAAAAGAACCCCCUCUCAGAGAGCUCUACCGUCUUCGCGGAAGACCUCGAGGUUGGGGAUUACUCCUCCAUCCAAUAUUCCAAAUAUGGUUCAACACCAGGUUCAUUCAGCUCUCUCGAUACCUUGAAGGCAGAACAACUGCGACUUGAUGUGAAGAAGAUAUUAGAUGUUCCACAAGGUAGGCAUUUAGGUGUCUUUUCAACGAUGGUAUUGUUCAUCUCCAGAAUUUUAGGAUCAGGUAUAUUUUCCGUACCAAGCAAGAUGUUUGUUAACUGUGGUGGGAAUAUGCUGAUAUUUUUCUCCAUUUGGGUUUUGACUGCUAUACUUGCCUUUGCUGGGCUAUAUCUCUUUUUAGAGUUUGGAUCAUGGAUACCAAAGUCUGGAGGUAAGAAGAAUUUUCUCGAACAAACGUACAAGAAACCUGGCCUAAUGAUGAGUGUCACAUUUGCAGGGUACAGCGUCCUUACAGGAUUAUGUCUCUCGAGCUCCAUUAUAUUUGGAAAAUACUCUCUCGAUUGUCUAGGCUUUGAUAAGGCCAUUGUGGAGUCCGUUUGGUCAAAAGUUAUGAGUAUUUUCAUUGUACUUGCAAUCAUCUUGCUUCAUGGUUUAUCAGUUAAACGUGGCGUUUGGAUUCAAAAUAGUCUCGGAGUCGUAAAGCUGGUGUUGGUGGUAAUAAUGUGCCUUACAGGAUUAUAUGCAUUAUUCUUCUAUGAAAUUGGCAAUGGUCCUGAUGGAGUUAUUGAACCUGUCGCAUGGAAUGCACCUUUAACACACUUUCAAGAUCAAACCGUGCUUUCUCUGUCAUCCAUUGCGUCCGCCUUGAUUAGCUCUUUUUUCUGCUUUUCAGGUUGGGAUAGUGUCCAUGCUGUUGCAUCAGAGAUUAAGAAUCCAACAAGGACAUUAAAAAUUGCUGGUCCCUUCUCUUUAAUUAUAUGCUUAGUUUGCUAUGUUAUGAUGAAUAUGGCUUAUUUAAAAAUUCUAACUUACGAGGAAAUUAAACAAGCUGGGCCCCUAAUUGGAUCUGUUUUAUUCUCAAAAAUCUUUGGGGCUAAAAUUGGUAGUAAAUUAGUGUCAAUGUCCAUUGCCUUGUCAGCUGUUUCUAACAUUAUGGUGGUUGUUUAUGGUACUUCUAGAAUGAAUCAGGAAAUAUUUAGAGAAGGUUAUUUUCCCUUCAGUGACAAAUUGGUAAGAAAUUGGCCACACGAUGCACCUUUGCCAGCAAUAUUAGUGUGUGGUCUCCUCACAAUCACAUGGAUUAUCAUUUUACCAGGUGAGGGUUCAUCAUUUGAUUAUUUGAUUUCAAUGGAAGGUUACGGUAAUCAAUUAUUCUUGCUAUUGAUUGCUCUGGGACUAUUUUUAUAUAGGUCGCAACAUAAGGACCUUUCUGCUCCAAUAAAGGCUAAUUCACUUGGUGUUAUUGGAAUAAUCAUAAUAUCCAUUUACAUGUUAAUUGCCCCAUUUUUUGGAAAUCAAACCGUAAAUCAAGUGGGUUUACUUCCACCUUAUCAAAUAAUGUCACUCAUAAUAGUUAACAUUUGCAUUCUUUUUUGGUUGUUAAAGUUUGUCGUUAUUCCUCGCCUUUUUGGAUACAAACUAUUACCCAAGACGCUCUUUUUAAACGAUGGACUCAGUACAAUUCAAUGGACCAAAAAAUAUUUCUAUUGA